AUGAACAGAUCUGGCGGGGACGAUCAGCAUCGCAAGAUCGUGUUCACGACUCAAAGCGUCCAUGGCGAGUCAGAGGCCGUUGUUACAUUACAAGAGCACAAAGAUCCCACGAGGCCGCCUUUCUUGAUCAAUGUAUCAACACGACCUCGCGAUCAACAACUACCAUUCUCCCAACCGGAGCAGCGCGAGACUCACAUUAUCAUCUCGAGUGGCUCCGGUCAUGGACUCGCAGAUGAGUUCUUCUCCAGCGCUGUUCGCCCGAUUCUCAAAAGCAUAUAUGGAGACAAAGGCAUCGAAGAGUUGAAAGUACACACCACUGAAUCGCCAACCAGCAUCUUGGUACUCACCGAUGUCGUCCUCUUUCCAGCCGCCAACCAAGGAAGAGCCAUCCGCAUCAUCCUCCUCUCAGGCGACGGUGGUAUCGUAGACCUCGUAAACGGUCUCUCGUCCAAAACACCAAACCCACAAACCUACAUCCCCCCACAAGUCGUCAUCCUGCCUCUCGGCACAGCAAACGCGCUCUACCACUCCAUCAACGCCGGAGGAUACGAUGCAUGGGGUCUCCCCACCCUGACUUCAUGGAGAACAAAGCCCCUUCCCACCUUCACAGCGACCUUCUCCCCCGGCGCCCGCCUCCUCAUCGACGAAGGCCGACAAGAGCAAGAACUACCCAAAGAUCCACAGGGCAACGGCAUCCUCCACGGCGCCGUCGUAGCCUCCUGGGGCAUGCACGCCACGCUCGUCGGCGACAGCGACACAACCGAGUACCGCAAGCACGGCGUCGAGCGCUUCAAGAUGGCUGCGAAAGAAGCUUUGUACCCCGCCGAUGGCUCGCCACCACAUCCUUACAAAGGCAAAGUCUCCAUCCUCCAAGAUAAAGAAAAGGAUCGUUGGACCGCUCUACCAGAAGACGAACACAUGUACAUCCUCGCAACCAUGGUCUCGCACCUCGAGAAGCCAUUCUGCAUCUCCCCUGCUACCAGACCGCUAGACGGGAGUAUGCACCUUGUUCAUUUUACCCCGAGGAGUGGCGAUGACGUCAUGGGUAUUAUGAAUAAGGCGUAUGAUGGGGGUAAGCAUGUCGGUGAUGGGGAUGUGAGGUAUGAGAGUAUUGAUGGGUUGAGGAUUGAGUUUGAGGGGAAGGAGGAGGACGGGAGGUGGAGGAGGAUAUGUGUUGAUGGGAAGAUUGUAAGGUUGGAGAAGGAUGGGUGGGUUGAGGUUAGGAGGGUGAGGGAAGGAAGUGGGAAGGGGGUGUUGGAUGUUGUUGUUGUUUAG